AUGGAAGGACAACUCACCUGCACCAUCCUUGCACUGCUGUUGAGCUUCUCACAGGCAAACCCUCUGAUGGAUCUUCAAAUUGAAGAUGAUGUCCAGCCAGAGGACCCUGAACAUGUGGACAUUACAACAAGAAUCCUUCAGACUAACAACGGAUCCAGUCAGGUGCUGCUAGAGGGAGACCUGCUUGUUCUGAAUACCAGGAAUGCCAUGAUCUGCUACUUGAACAGCUGCUUAUGGAAGAAAUCUGCAAACGGACUUGUGGAAGUGCCUUAUGUCUUGAGCAAUGAUUUUUCCAAUGUUCAAAAGCAGCUCAUUGAAUCUGCCAUGAGGGACUUCAGCUCCUUAACCUGCAUUCGCUUCGUCCUUCGCGGAACUCAGUCAGACUACAUCAGCAUUGAGAAUUUGGAUGGAUGUUACUCUGUUCUUGGCAGGACUGGGGGAAAGCAGCUAGUUUCUCUCAACAAGUACAGCUGCGUUUAUUACGGGAUCAUUCAGCACGAGCUGAACCACGCUCUGGGUUUCUAUCACGAGCACACAAGAAGUGACCGGGACCAGUACGUCAGGAUCAACUGGCAAUACGUAGAUCCAAGCCAGUACUACAAUUUUGAGAAACAAAACACCAACAAUCAGAACACUCCCUAUGACUACGGCUCUGUCAUGCAUUAUGGAAGAACUGCUUUCACAAUCCAGUAUGGAAUGGAAACCAUCACUCCAAUUCCCGAUCCGACUGUGCCAAUCGGACAGAUGAACGGUCUGUCACAGAUGGACGUUCUGAGGAUCAACAAGCUGUAUGGUUGCUGA